AUGGCAGAGCCUGGUCAGGGCCUGCGCAACAGACAGCUGUCGUACAGCAGCUCUAGUGCUGUCAGUUCCAGGAAGAGCAGCAACGAUCCAACAACCAACAUCAUCGCCCAUCUAGCUGAAACAUCAAACUUAACAUCAACCCCAACUCCAUCUGAGGUUAUUCCGAUAUGCGACGAAUUUCAUGAUGAUGGCGAUGAUGGUGCCGCUGUCGCUGCUGCUACGAUCAACCGGACAAGAAAGCUCAGCGUUGUUUCUUUCACCUCGGCUGAAUACAACAAGAAUGACGACCAAUGGGAGGAGGAAGCUGCAAAUUCACACGCAAACACAAAUGCAAACACAAACAACCACUACGGCGGGAUCAAACAGGGAAUAACAGAGGAAGAGUACGAUGAUACUUCGGACGGGCUCUCUUCGGGAUACACAUCGUCAUCGUCAUCUUCAUCGUCGUCUUUAAACUCCUCCUCGUCGGUGCCUGGAUGCUGUAUCGACUCAGCCGGAGUCCACCGACAUGGGCGAGCCCGAACUCGACUUCGAAGGAGAGUUAAUACUACGAGUGCUAUUACUAACGCCAGUACCAGUACCGGACCCAGACCCAGACCCAUUGCUAGCGGCAGCACUAGUUGGAACUUAAAUGCAAAUUUGAAUGCAAAUCUAAAUUCAAAUGCAACUGCAAAUGCAAAUGCAAAUGCAAAUGUAGCCGACAGGGAAAGGCUGCGACAGCGGCGGGCCAGAGAUCGGAAACUUCUGCGUGAUCAAACAACCCGUCGUCGCUUUGGUCUAGCCCAACAACCACGCCGGCCGAUUCCAGCAAUUUUGCACGCAUCGGUCGAUGAUGAUGGCAUGUUACUCUCUGGCCCGACUGUGGUAUCCUCCUGCUAUGGGGGAAGGGGUGUAGGGCCUGUUGCUGCUAUUGUCCCGAGCCAAAAUUUAGGUUUCCCAAGGCAACAUGGUCACACACACUGUCCCUCCUCCUCCGCUCCAACACCAGCAUCUCGGUCUCCACCCAGUCUCUUUCGUGCCUCGACUCCAGUCCAUAUUCCGCAUGCAAAACCUCCAACCACCAAAACUAUCACUGCCAAUAGUGGUAUACAUGCUAGACUGUUGUCACCGUCACUCUUGAAUCCGAACCGCGAUGCUGAUAAUGCCAGCCCCAACGGCUUCCACCGUCACUCUCUGAGCAACAGCUCAUCAACCUCGACCCCCUCCUCUAGCCAUCACCAUAGUAAUAGUUGCAAUAAUAUUCACGAUUACAACAAUAAUAAUAAUAUUAACAAUAAUAGCCAAAGUCACAGUCAUAGCUACGACCGCGGAAAUCAUCAUCAUCACGACCAUCACGACCAUCACUUGCACAAGCGAAGGAGACGUCUUGACUACGACCUUCCAGAGAUCCACUUCCUCGCUCCUCCUUCUCCUGUUCCUAACCCCCCCUCUCCUGCUACUCAUAAAGGCCAUUCACAUUCUCAUUCACACUCACAUUCGUUAUCUGCAACUUCUGCCGCCGAACUCCUUUCCUCGGCAUCACUUCAUACUCCCGACCAUUCGCCCAAUCUUUCACAGCGUUCACUAGUUAGACCUGCGGCCUUAAAGGGAAGAUCAUAUUCUACACCGGCUGGAGGAGCAGACGAAUUCUAUUCUCCGCUUCAAUCAAUUAGUGCAUCGCCCGUGCGGCCAACAUUCUUCACGGACGCCCUCCGUGAGCAGUGGGAAAAACAAUCUUUAAACAAUUGCCAAGUGUACGAUAUGGUGCUUGCUCCAAGUGUUCAGACCUUUUCCAUUCCGAUCAAAAGCAGGUCACCGCUUAAUGUCGUCCCUCCUACUGCAGCUCCUCCCGCCGAGGUCUCCCCACAACUUCUCAAGUCGUUGGCGGUGCCAAUCAGGAAUUCGCCGCCUACAAAUCUUCGGAGUGUUCAAUUGCUCGAAGUUAUUUCCAAUGACCCCAGGCCAACGUUUUUGUUAGGGACCGCUUCGACAACCACUGCAAAAGAGUCUCAGUUAUCGUCGACUACAAUCCAUGAACUUAAGCUAGAAGUAGUCUAUCAUAACGAUGCGUUUUCUUCCAUCCUUCCAGAUGCUGCAUUCUCGACAACAUCCGUCGAAUCGGGUUAUCAUAGUACAACCUUCAAUAUAACAGAUCCUCGGUAUCAUCGUUGGAUAUCCAGUUCAUUUUCAAACACGAGUACCAAAAAUGGUAAAUGUCGGCCGUAUGUAUGUCCAGACGGGAUCCUGUGGACACAAAAUGCAUUCACCUGCUCGGAUGGCUCAAGAAUGGUUCUUAUAUGUGGCGUCCCUUUGCCAUCUACGACUACUGAUCGGGUUCACAUAAGCAAAGGGGAGAUAUGCCCUCCUCAUAUUUGGGAAAAAUCUGCGGAAGUCGCAAAAAUUACAGAAUCGCUUCGAGAUGAAGACGACGCAACAACCCUAGUAAGCGAUGCGCAACCCUUUGUUACAGAUCCAGGAACUCCUUCCAUCGGCGUUAUGGGGCAACUCAAAGAUACAUGUUCCACGCCCGGAUGCAUAAGCAUAGGGCGGGCAAGCGACGGCGAUGCUGAACGUGUUCCUAGAUCUUCGUACUUUGAGGCUAUUCCCGUUCCUAACUAUUAUACUCAGGUUGCGAAGGAUAUGGACUCGGACAUGGUUAUUAGCCCUUCGUCCACCCCCGCGCCGGAAUCUCCUCAGGCUAAAGAAUUUCUUGUACAUGAAGAUGAGGAAGCUAGCAAAUCUCCGACCGAAGAGAUGGAUGUCAGCGAUGAUAUUGUCCAAACAAAUCAUAAUCCUGAGGUUUCAACGGUGUAUAGUCCACACUUACCAAGUGAUUAUGGAUUCUUCGACUGGAGCCGGCUUCCGCCUGAGGUGGUUUCAGAUCCGCACCUUGAAUUGGUAAGGGCUGUGGAUUGGACUUCGACUGGCUUUGGGCCAAUUGAGGAUUGGCCCCAAAGCUUACGUACCAUGAUCAAUUUGGUUCUGUCAUCUCCACACCCCGCCGCGAUGUACUGGGGAUCCGAAUUUUCGAUCGUCUACAACGAAGCCUAUAUUCCUUUAAUCGGGGCGAAGCAUCCGUCUUUGCUAGGGAGAAAAUACAAGGAUGGCUGGUCCGAAAUUUGGGAAGCUAUCGAACCGUUUUUUAUGGAGGCGGUCCGAACUGGCAAGCCUACCAACAAGGAAGACGAUCGAUUGUUCAUUCUUCGGAAUGGAUUCCGGGAAGAAACGUAUUUCUCUUGGUCGAUAUGCCCCAUCAUUGGUGAAGAUGGGACGACGAUCGGAUUGCACAAUCCUGCAUUCGAGAAAACACGACGUGUAAUUGCUGAACGAAGGAUGCUUACGUUGCGGGAGGUUGGUGAGAGAUGUGGGAGCGCAAGGGAUGUCAAGUCGUUCUGGGGGCAUGUUCUGGAGGCGUUGGAGACGAACCCGUGGGACGCGCCGUUUGCCAUGCUGUAUUCUUGUAAGAAAACUGACGCAACGGAUAGCGAGGUUUCGUCUUCAUAUGCAUCGAGUUUGUCGAACACGCGGGUAUACUCGCUAGAAGGAACUAUUGGUGUUCCGGAGGGCCAUCCUGCAGCGCCUGCGAUACUCGACCUCAAAUCGAAUGCUGAAGGAUUUUCGAUCGCUUUUAGGGAAGCCUUGCAGAUAGAAGGGAAUAUUUUCUUGAAUGUAGAAUCUGGAACUUUGCCGGCGGAUCUAAUGGAAGGGCUUGAUAUCCAAGGUUUCUCAGAAGAUAUGUGCACAUCCACGGUUGUUUGUCCGAUCAAUCCAAGCUCCGAAACACCGCUUGGCUUCCUUGUCCUUGGGAUCAACCCUCGACGCCCAUUCGACGAGGAUUAUAGACUUUUCAUUCAACUUUUGACGAGACAGCUUACCACAUCCAUAGCGAGCGUUGUUCUUUACGAGGAAGAGAUUCGACGAGCCCAGAGGGCGGUGAGAUUGGCUGCGCUAGACAGGGUAGAGCUAUCACACCAGCUCGCUAUAAAAUCCAAGGAGGCGGAGCAUUCCGAGUUGAAGUUUACUCGUCUGGCAGAGUUUGCGCCUGUUGGUGUCUUCAUCGCAGAUUUCCAAGGCAAGAUCAGCUACUACAACGACAUGUUUUCGGAGGUUUCAUGCCAUCCAAGGAACCUUGACGUUUCUCGUUGGCUAGAAAGUGUUCACCCCGCUGACGCAGCGAGAACCGAGGCGAAUUGGAACGAGGUCAUCCGAGGGAAAAAGAGGAAGACAUGGGAGUUUAGGUGGAAGACUCCGUGGAUGCUCCCGAACCACUUGGGAGAACAGGUCGACCGAUGGACAUUGUUUUCUGCAAGCCCGGAGCUUGAUUCCGAUGGCAUGUUACUAGGUGUCUUUGGCUCGAUCACCAACAUUUCGGAAACUAAAUUUGCGGAGGACUUACAGAAGCGCCGGGUGGAGGAAGUUGUAGAGUUGAAGAGGCAACAAGAUAACUUUGUCGAUAUGGCUAGUCAUGAAAUGCGAAAUCCACUCUCUGCUAUCCUUCAGGGUGCAGACGCUGUUCUCGGGUCUCUUGAACGGUAUAGGGAAAUCGCAUCGUCCCAAGACUUACUAGAAGAUAUCGAGUCAAGUAUUGACGUCGCGCAGACAAUAUCACUUUGCGCACUCCAUCAAAAGCGAGUUGUUGACGAUAUUCUCACGAUGAGCAAGCUUGAUUCUGCCUUGCUGACCGUCACACCUGUUGAUGUUCAGCCGAUUGCGGUGGUCGAGCGGGCCUUCAAAAUGUUUGAGCAAGAGGCCAUUUCUAGUGAGACCAAAAUGACAUUCAAGAUUGAUGAUUCUUACAGAAACCUUAAUAUCGAUUGGGUCAAAUUGGAUCCUGCGAGGUUAUUGCAGGUUUUGAUUAACCUUUUGACCAACGCCUUGAAGUUUCUGCGAACUGAGCCGUCUAAAUCAAUUAUUGUCACUAUGGGAGGUUCAGUCAAACGACCAUCGUCGAAAGACAGGAGAAACUCGCUCGUGUAUUUCCCCUCAACACGAAAGGCAGCUGACCUUACAACAGGUCCGGAAUGGGGCGAUGGCGAAUCGGUCUUCCUUACAUUUUCUGUAUUCGACACGGGCAAGGGUCUCACGGAGGCGGAGAAGAAAAACCUUUUUCAGAAAUUUAGCCAGGCCACUGCGAAGACCGAAGUUUCGUAUGGUGGUAGUGGGUUGGGAUUGUUUAUUUGCAAGGAGCUUGUGCAUUUACAGUCUGGUGAAAUUGGUGUUCAAUCUGAAGCUGGAAAGGGAUGUUGCUUUUCUUUUUACGUCAAGAGCCGGAGAAGUUCACGACCUGAAAUUGAAAUCCCGCAAGCACCCGUCCUUCGAUCUACGGGGACCUCGAAACGAAAGGAAAGUAGCCAAAGCUCCCCUGCUGUUUCGAGUCCAAUCAACGACCAGGACUUCAACGCUGCUAGACCCCAGCUUCAUAAGCCCUCCCAGUCUUCUGACGGGAAAUCAAGUCUAGACUAUAAAGUUCUCAUUGUCGAGGAUAAUCUAGUGAACCAGAAGCUACUGAGGAAGGCUUUAGAAAACUCGGGAUGUACGACCUACGUGGCGAACCAUGGCGUUGAAGCUUUGGAAAUGAUCAAAGAAUCGGUUUACUGGAAGGGUGCGCGAGAGGAUGCGCUAGAGUUGUCGCUCAUCCUCAUGGACGUUGAGAUGCCGGUAAUGGAUGGUCUUACUUGCUCCAAACAAAUCCGUGAAUUACAAGCAGAAGGGUCAAUUCUCGGUCAUAUCCCGAUUGUUGCGGUAACAGCGAAUGCACGACAAGCCCAGAUUGAUAGGAUGUUUGCUGCCGGAAUGGAUGAUGUUGUAUCAAAGCCAUACCGGAUCAAGGAACUGAUACCUAAACUCCACUCUGUUGUAUCGAAAUACAAGGACCGUGAUACUAUCGGAGUUGACGAAGACUAG